GAGAGAUGGCAGCAGAUCAGGGCCAGCAGCAGGCAUCCAGUGAGUCCAUGGCAACGGUGGCUGAGAAGGCUCCGAUCACCGCGGAGAGGAAGGUCCGCAAUGAUUUGGAGACCAAGCUCCCCAAACCAUACAUGCCUAGGGCUAUGAUUGCACCUGAUAUGGAGAACAUCAAUGGCACAUCGGGCCAUAAGCAUUCCAACAUGUCUGUGCUUCAACAGCAUGCAGCUUUCUUCGACCAAGACAACGAUGGCAUAAUCUACCCUUCUGAAACAUUCAGAGGAUUUCGUGCCCUCGGGUUUAAUCCGGUUGCUUCAUUCCUUUUCAUGGUUCUUGUCCAUGCAGCCAUGAGUUAUGCUACUCUUCCUACAUGGAUACCGUCGCCUUUCUUUGCAAUUCACAUAAAGAACAUACACAUGGCAAAGCAUGGAAGUGACUCAGGGACGUAUGACACAGAGGGAAGGUACAUUCCUGCAAAUCUGGAGAACAUGUUCAGCAAGUAUGCCCGCACUGUGCCUGAUAAGCUUUCAUUCAAGGAGCUUUGGCACAUGACUCAGGCUAACCGUGACGCUUUUGAUUUCUUUGGCUGGAUUGCAAGUAAACUGGAAUGGGGAGUUCUGUAUGUUCUUGCAAAAGAUGAAAACGGCUACUUGGCAAAGGAAGCCGUGAGACGCUGUUUCGAUGGAAGCUUGUUCGAGUACUGUUCGAAGUUGCAGAAGGGCGCAGUUGGUAAGAUGGGAUGAUGAGGAGCAAAGCAGAAGAUCGAACGGUUCGUUAAUGAGCUGCAGAUUGUGUUUCGUAUUAGUUUUUGAGAGCUUUCUUUUGGUCUGAGUUUCGAUAGACUGAUAAGUGAUGAUAGAAAGAGGCUUAAAUAAUGUGACUUCAAGGAGUUGAGUUGGAUGAACAACUCCUAGACUUCUCAAUUGUUCCAAUUUCCAACUCAGUAAAAGCCUCUG